AGUUUGUGUACCUCUGGCGCGUAGCGAGCCCUACUGCGCAGUCGCACUCGUGCACCAUUGAUGCUGACCUAGGAACCCUCGUGUGAAGAACAAGAUCGGGAUAAUUCGACAGAAACUGGCCAAGAAAGAUGCCCAAGAAAAUCAAAAAAGUUAAGAAACGCGUCUCCUCUGACGUUCAGCAGUCCAGUGGUGUAGAAGAUGCACCGUCAAAUCUGGAGAGCAGCGGGGAUCCACCACUGGCAGAGCCAAGUGACCAAGGAAUAACGAAAAAGAGGAAGACAAAGAAGAAGGUCAAGUUGUCAAAAGAAGAGAAGAAACUGGCAAAACUGGAAAAGGCCAGCCAAGAAUUUCAGUCCAAUAAAGAGGAGUUUGGACAGUUCCUGGACCGGAUAGACUUGUGGCUUAAAACUCGUCACCAGCAGGUGAUGAAUCUCUUUGGGAACUACGACCAGAACGGCACUGGAAUUCUGAGCUGUGAGGAAUUCAAACUCGGCCUGAGAGACCUGAACAUUCCCUGCACUGAGGCCCAGCUCUACACCCUGACUCGGCUCCUCGAUCAGAAUCAGGACUCCAGCGUUGACUACAUCGAGCUGGCUGCCAGUCUGCAGAGAGCCAGAUUUGCAGAUCAGACGGCAGACGAAUACAAAGAGGAUGGCCUGGAGGAAGAGGACAACGACCAAGCUGAAGACACUUUGGCUGAGAUGGACUGCAAAGUGGCCGAGUGUGGCCGGGAGUCCCUGAAGCUUCUGCCAGGUCCACCAAGGUUUCUCCUCCUGAGGCUCCGGCUUCUCACUUUCGACAAUGCCCACUCUCAUCCCGGCCACUUUGAGGUAGUGGUCCGCUCGGACACCCAGGUGUACGGCCUUCUCUGCAGGAUCCGAGAGAAAGUUGGCAUCGAGAGCACUCAGCUGAGCAUAUUCAGGGACAAAUCAUUUUCCGAGGAGUCUUUUCUUCCACCUGACCAGGAACUGGAAGAAUGCGGCUUUAGCGGGGGACCCCGGCAUUGCCCUCCUCCGGUGACGCUUUACUACGACUUUAGAACGGAAUUCCGGGGCUGUCCAGUUGUGAACUGCGACUACUAUUUCAAUACUCGCCGACGGUAAGGAGCUAUAGAGGUGGGGAUGGCUCCUCGGGGGUCUGUCAGUCCAGAGGUGGGCACAGACGCCACGGGUAUUUGUGAUUAAGAAUACGCCUUUGUCGUUUCUUUCUUUGUAAGCAAACACCGUGGGUACGGCCGUCAUCAUGCAUGCUGGUUCAGCGGACAGGGCGCUUCAUAUU